UCAAAGUGUAAAUAUUUUGGUUUACGUCGUCGAUCGUGCGAUCGCGUGUCGACAUUUAUCGUGCGUUAACUGUUGUUGUUGUUGUUGUUGUUGUUGUUGUUGUUUUAAUCGGUUCAGAGUUUUAAGGUGGCUUGGAGGCGGACAGUGAAAGAGGAAAGAGGAGGGACUCUGCAGUGGCGCACGCUUGUUUGCUUGUUUUGGGGGAAAAAAAUCGGAGUGACGUUGAGCAUUUCAUAACAACCUCGACUUCUCAUGCCUUUCAGCUGACUGAGUGCUUUUUGUAUUUAAUUAUAGGAUUUAUACCUCAGCCAUCGCGAGUUAUUCACAUUUAGCCAUGGUGAAAGAGACUAAAGCCAAAACUUUCCAGGCGUACCUCGACUCCUGUCACCGCCGUUACAGCUGUGUCCACUGCCGUGCCCACCUAGCCAAUCACGAUGAGCUCAUCUCCAAGUCUUUCCAAGGGAGCCAGGGUCGUGCCUAUCUGUUCAACUCAGUUGUAAAUGUGGGCUGUGGUCCAGCUGAGGAGAGGCUACUGCUGACUGGGCUUCAUGCUGUGGCUGAUAUUUACUGUGAGAACUGUCACACCACUUUGGGCUGGAAAUAUGAGCAGGCGUUCGAGUUGAGUCAGAAGUAUAAGGAGGGAAAGUACAUCAUUGAACUUUCCCACAUGAUAAAGGACAACGGCUGGGACUGAAGUUCUCGUUGCCCACCGUCAGCAUGAUAAACUUUUUUUUUUUACUUUGUAUUUGCAUUACUAUUGAGCACUUUUUUUCCAUCAUCGAUAACCCAGUUCAUCAGUCUUACAUUUAAAUGUGGUUGAAAAUCAGUCAAAUGAAAAGUUUAGCUCUUGUGUAGUUGAAAUGGACAAAAAAAAACAACAACAAAAGACAGAGCUUAACUUGAUCUCCAAAACUUUGCUGGAAAUUAAAUAUACAGCUUUUUAUAUCCAGUUUGUUUAGUGUAAUUCACGAGGCUGGGCAAAAUAUUGACCUUUAUUGGAAAGGUCCAGUGAUGAUAUUUAGCAGUUUUAGGUUCAGGUUGAAAGGCACGAGGUAGCAGAUAUGAUUGUUUUUGGGUAAAUGAUUUACUCUGCAUUAUUUUGUGGUAUUUGCCACUUGAGGUAUCAUUUUUUUAUUUCAGUGUGAACUACAUUGAGAGACUGAAGGCAAUGUGCAAUGUGUAUGAUUGUGUGUGAGACUGUAUGAUUGUGUGUGAUUGUGUAUGAGGCUGUGUGAUUGUGUAUGAGGCUGUGUGAUUGUGUAUGAGGCUGUGUGAUUGUGUAUGAUUGUGUAUGAGGCUGUGUGAUUGUGUAUGAUUGUGUAUGAGGCUGUGUGAUUGUGUAUGAGGCUGUGUGUGUAUGAGGCUGUGUGAUUGUGUAUGUGUGAUCUAGUGGAAGUGUUUCUCUUAAUCUUUUGCCAUUUUUCUUUUUAAAUGUUUCAUGGUAUAAAAGGAAUCCUGUUAAUGUUAAUGGGUUGUAGGAUGUAGGCCAGAUGGUGUACAUUGUUUCCCCGAGACACAUCAGUUACAGCUUAAUUUAGAAAGUGAUUGUGACUUUCGCUUGAGGAAAAUAUAUAUAUAUAUAUAUAUAAGAGACAGUCAAUUGAUCAUGCUAGAAUCUGAGCAAAUUAGUAGCAAAUGUCUGUAAAUGCUAAAUCAUGUAGGUUUGUUUUAUCACUUGCUGUGUUGUUACAUUGUGAUGAAUGACUGUUGACUUUAGUGUAUGUAAAUACAGAAUAUAUAAAUAAAAAUCUGAAUUGUUA